AUGUGGACAUGCUUUAUUGUUGGGCCUUUCAUUUGGUUUUCUUCACGAGCUCAUCAUCGGGACAAGGACAAAUCCAUAAUUGAUAUUUUGCGGCUAGCAGUUGCGACAUUUUGCUGGUAUGCCAGCAUUUGGCAAUUUCAUCGAUUGAUGCAAUGGACUUCUCGUUGUGACCUCAGUAUUCGAUAUUCUCGAACGAUGUGCAAAGAGAAAGGUGGUGUAUGGAUUCCAGGAUUCGACAUUUCUGGACACUGCUUCCUCUUGAUAUACAGCAUGCUGGUAAUGGCAGAAGAGGCACAUGCAUUCCGAGAGUGGCAGCAGGUCGUUCAUCGUGACGACGACUGUGGUAUUGUAAUGAGAGAGCGACAGGAGAGGCGAGUGAAGCUAGCGCAAUACUUCGUUGUUGGCAUGCUUCUUUUGAACAUUGUUUGGAUCAAACAGCUAACGAUCUCUAUUUUGUACUACCACAUAAUGAUCGACAAGGUUGCCGGUGCAUUGGUAGCUAUAUUCUGGUGGUACAUUACUUAUCAUAUUCUCUACCCGAAUGGUUUCCUGCAACCACCUAUUCAUCGCAUUAAACCACCAACCAUAACUAAACGACGAUAG